ACCUCAGAAUAGCUUCCACCUGGGGAGCUCAGCUUUUCCCUUGUUUGUUUACUUUCUUCCGGGCAGCAGUUAGCUACGUACUUGGAAACUAAUCGCUUCAGUUACACUUAAAAUCUGUUUUCAAGAUGGGAUGUGAUGGCGGAACGAUUCCCAAAAGGCAUGAGUUGGUUAAAGGCCCCAAAAAAGUCGAGAAGGUUGAUAAGAAUGCUGAACUAGCUGCCAAGUGGAAGCACUGUGGCUUGAGCCAGGAGAAACUCCGGCGCCCAAUCGUUGCCUGUGAGCUGGGCAGGCUUUACAACAAAGAUGCUAUUAUUGAGUACCUCCUGGAUAAAUCUGCUGAGAGACCCAACGCCGAGGCUGUAACACACAUCCACGGUAUCAAGGACAUAAAAGAGCUCAACUUGACUGAUAACCCUGAAUGGGAGGGAGAGAGGAGAAACGCAAAAGGAGACAGAUAUGAGGACAUCCACUGUGGCAUGUUCAUUUGUCCUGUUGUUGGUUUGGAAAUGAAUGGAAAGCACAGGUUCUGUUACUUGCAGACCUGUGGCUGUGUGUUUUCAGAGAGGGCCCUGAAGGAGGUCAAGACGGAAAUCUGCCAUAAAUGUGGAGAUCCUUUCAAAGAAGACGACGUUGUUGUGCUCAAUGGCACAAAGGAAGAGAUUGAUAAGCUGAGAGAGAAGAUGGAGGAGAGGCGAGCCAAGACUAAAACUAAGAAAUCCAAGAAGAGCAAGGCAGUUGAAACUGUGUCCACACCAGCAGAGUCAAUAGAAGAUGCUCAGUCUUCACCAGCAGGUGGAGCUGGGAAGUCUCUGCAGAAUGGAGGCGAAUGCAGCCAGUCAGCUGUGGCUGGACCAUCUGGCUCCUCUCAAGACACCAAUGCCUCCACAGUCUCUGCUACCAAGAGGUCCAUCCAGGACAUGCAGGGGAAGUCUGAAGUCUUUAAAUCCCUGUUCACCACACACAGCUCAGCCAAACGCUCCAAAGACCAGAUAUCCAACUGGGUCACCCACACCCCUUAUCACUUCUAGCAGCUGUUCUUUUUUUUUAGAUGGCUUCAGAAAAUGUAACCACUGCAAAAGUCACCAGUUUGUGGACUCGUUCCCUGUUGUCCAGCCUCCAGUAGCUCGGUGUUUACAUGCUGUGAACAUUUAGCUCCCUAAACAGCUGACUCUGUUUUGUUACCCCCGUGUAACCCCCCCCCCCCCCCCCCCCACCCACACACACACACACACACACACACACCUCUGCAGCUGUUGUCAGUGAGACUUUAUUACUGAUGCUGAGAUUUAUCAUCUCUGCUCUGCUGCCCCCUAGUGUCCACGGUUACUCCUUUCUAGGUUUAAAGUUUUACUCUUCAUUUAACUAGAGGACAAGGCUAAAUGUGUGAGUAGCAAUCCCUGUUGGAUUAUAAUCAAUGUUCAUGAGUGAACUAAUAAAGGUUUCUCUUAAUAUAUCUUUGAUAUGUUAAAACAUUUUGCUCUUUUUUCUUCUUUUUAUAAAGCUUGUUUAACUUUUGGCUGUUCUUUGCGUCCUUUCUAAAAGGAAGAGCCAAAAGUAACCUCAAGAAUAUAAAAACUUCUAGUAUUGCAAAAAAUAAACAAAUGAGCACACAGCAAAGAAAAGGAGCUUUUAUGUGACGGGAGGACGCCAAAUGUCCUUUUAACUCAGACUGUAUUCAAUUUUGAGCAUCACAGGCUUCGGUAUUUUCUUUUUCUCUCAAACAAUGGGUCUCUGUCUAUUUGUGUCUCUGGGCCUUUUGUGGAAAAUUGUUUGAUGUGAAAAGUAACAAUCUGUUACACAGUAUACGUUCUUCUCCGGGCACCAGCUUCUUCUGUGCGUGAUUUAGUACAUUUUGUUGUUGCUGUUUGCAAUUUAGCUGACUGUUGCAUGUGACAAAUAAUACGAUUUUAUUCAGUUGCCUUUGUCUUUCAGUCAUUUCCUGGUUUUGUCGAAUACACAGUGCGUCCUCUGAGCCACUGACUUAGGUCACAGAUGCAAAGCAGAGCUACCUGCAAUGACAACAACAUGUUGUUUCUUUCAUGAGAGAAUCCAUGUAAUUAAACCAACUAAAGCUC